AUGGUCAGCCUACGCACACACACGAAACUGGCGCAAUACAUGCGCACGCGCAACCUAACGUUGGAGUUUACAGAAUUCGAAUUUAAUAGUAUUACUCACCCGAUUAGAUUCCAAUGCUUCAGCACUGUGCUCCUCCUUUUGACGAAAACAAUUAGUGCACUUGCUCUUAUUGAAGAUGUUCGGCGCGAACUUACGGCAAUCCGAUCGCCCAGACAUGAUUGCCAGAGCGAGCGCACGACGAUACCACCACUCGACCAUUUGACAUCUGAUAGGAAAGCACCGAGCGAGCAGCGGCCCGAGUUGUUGCUUUACAACUUCUCUCUUCUUGUUUACAGGUGGAUGGAAGACUUAGGUUUUAUCCCAAAUCUGCCGAAUGGGCCCUUGGAUGAGUAUAGAAAGACUUCUUCAUUCAAUUGGAAGAAAUUAAAACUGGCUUUGGAAGGGGAUAUUGAAUUACUUAAGCUCAAAUACCAAAUAUGGCAUACAUUGGAGAAUGACCCGCUAUUCGCACACAACUCAGUGACUCCACCUGUUGAGGAGCAGAAGAGAAUAACACAAAUGCAAUUACAGAAGAUCAAUAAAUAUAAGUUUAUAAGCAACGAGAUCUUUAAUGCUGGUUACAGAAAACGAACGAGAACCUUGAUGACCAUAAACGAAGCAGUGCAAUCCUUAGCGCCCAGUGUCUCUGUGAAAAUGGCUAUAGGGAUCUACCUAUUCUCGAAUGCCCUGCUGUCACUCGGUACGGAACGGCAUAGGAAAUUCUAUGAGGCUACAAUAAAGGAUAGAAAGAUCGUGGCAAGCUUCGCAUUGACGGAGAUAGCUCACGGGUCGGACGCGCGCUUGAUGAGGACCACGGCCACAUACGACCCGAAGACCAGGGAGUUCGUCAUCCACACGCCAGACUUCGAGGCGGCUAAAUGCUGGGUUGGUAAUCUAGGCAGAACCUGCACGCACACACUACUUUUCGCACAAUUGGUGACACCUGACGGUAGGAAUCAUGGUCUCCACGCCUUUCUGGUUCCCAUACGAGAUCCUCAGACACUCGAGAUAUACCCUGGCCUUAUUGUUGGUGAUAUGGGGGAGAAGAUCGGCGUCAACGGAAUUGAUAAUGGAUUCGUAAUGUUCAACAAAUAUCGAAUACCUCGCGUGAACCUGCUAAAUAGGACGGCUGAUGUGACAGAAGAGGGAAUCUACGAGAGUUCCUUCUCCGAACCUUCUAGAAUACUGGGUGCGGCACUGGAGAACUUAUCGGCUGGUCGAAUCGGAAUAAUGCAAGAGAGUUGUCAUUCGAUCUCCAGCGUGGUAGCCAUUGCCAUACGUUACGCGGCUACUCGCAAACAAUUCGGGGAGCGAAACAACGAGACGACACUUAUCGAAUACGAACUGCAUCAAUGGCGUCUCUUUGGCUACGUGGCGGCCGCGGUCGUGUUCCGGUUCUACUUGCAAAACUUUGCUGAGGUCUAUCUUAAGAUUGUCGAGAAAUCUAACAGCGGUCACGGUGUUGAUAACUUGAGUGAAGCUGUGUCGGAGAUCCACGCGAUGGUGUCGUGUAGUAAACCUCUACUCACGUGGACAGUGCUGGAAGCGGCACAGCAGUGUCGCGAGGCAUGUGGAGGACAUGGCUAUUUAAAGGUGGCAAACUUGGGCGACAUUCGAAGCAAUCACGAGCCAACGGUGACUUACGAAGGUGAUAACAACGUACUAUCCCAGCAGGCUGGCAAUUGGCUCCUGAAGCAGUACGAAGCGGUGAUGAACGGUCACAGCGUGGAUUCGCCCCUGGGCACUGUUACAUUCUUGAAGGACUUCCGGGCGAUACUGAGUAGCACUUUCAACUGUACUACUACGGCUGAGCUGAAGAAUUCUAAAUUCAUUUUAUCCACGUACAAAUGGCUCUUAUGCUGGCUUCUAAAGCACACGCACGAAAAAAACGAAGCGGAAUUGGCUAAAGGACUAACUAAGGUACAAGCCCGGAGCAGAAGCCAGGUCUACCGCUGGAGGACCUUAACGAAGGUCUAUGCCGAAUACCUCGCUUUGAUUUUCUGCUUAGAAACCAUUGAGAAGACGGAACCGCAACUCUUACCGGUUCUUAACAAACUCUUGUGUCUGUACGGCCUAUGGUCGUUAGAUAAACAUCUAGUGGAGAUGUAUCAAGGAGGUUUCUCGAGAGGGGAGGAGUUAGCGAGGUUGAUAAGGGCGGCCAUCUUGGAAUUGUGUGGAGAGGUAAAGGGGGAGGUGGUGAGUGUGGUGGAUGCGCUUGCGCCGACGGACUUCGUACUCAAUUCAGUUUUGGGGAAGAGCGAUGGAAAUCUAUACCAGCACCUACAAAAGGCAUUCUUCAGCCACCCCGGGGCUUUCGAGAGAGCGUCUUGGUGGCGUGACGUCGUCCAAUCCAAGUUAUAA